AUGGAGCCCAUAGCAGUUACGGGCUUCUCCUUCAAGCUGGCCCAGGGGGCCGAAGAUGAGGCCAGCUUGUGGGAGAUCUUGGAGAGUGGAAGAAAUGUCAUGACACCGUAUCCUGAGUCUCGAGUGAAGAACAUUGACGCUUUUCACGAAGCAAACUCUGCUGCCCAGAAUAACCUACCAUCUAGAGGAGGUCACUUCCUGAAGGGAGAUCCUGCUGCUUUCGAUGCACCUUUUUUUUCCAUCACCCCCAAAGAGGCGGCCGCUAUGGACCCUGCACAGCGUAUGUUGCUGGAAACGGCGUAUCGAGCCCUGGAAAAUGCCGGAAUCCCUGUUGAGCGUGUGGCGGGUACCAAGACGGCUGUCUUCUCCGGUUCCAUGACGGAGGAUUACAUGAGAAUCGUGGUCAAGGCCCCUGAUGAAGCGCCAACACACGCACUGGUCACCGGCUCUAACGUGAUCUUGAGCCCGGAGACGUCCAUGUAUCUGGGCAACCUCAAUCUGUUGUCCAAAGAUGGACUGAGCUACAGUUUUGAUCAGCGAGCAAACGGAUACUCAAGGGGCGAAGGCAUCGUGGUGCUUGUCAUGAAGAGACUCAGCGACGCCAUCAGAGAUGGAGACGUCAUCCGCGGAGUCAUCAGGGCAACAUCAUCGAACUCAGAUGGAAGGACCCCGGGUAUAACUCAGCCAAGCGUCACCGCCCAGGAGGAGCUCAUCCGAGGGGUAUAUCAGAGUUGCAAUCUCGGCCUCGAAUCGACACGAUACGUAGAAGCCCAUGGUACCGGGACGCAAAUUGGAGACACGACCGAGAUGAAGGCCCUAGGUAGAAUCUUCAGGUCGAGCCGUUCUCGAGAAGAACCGCUAUAUGUAGGCUCUUUGAAAGCCAGUUUCGGCCAUACAGAAGGCGCCAGUGGACUUGCAAGUAUCAUCAAGUGCAUCUUGAUGCUCGAAAAGGGUAUCAUACCACCCAAUGCAUUGUUCGAGAAGCUGAACCCCAAGAUCCCCGCGAGAUCCAGCAAUAUCCAGAUUCCCACAAAACGCAUCGCAUGGCCGUGUGACGGUCUUCGUCGGAUCUCUAUCAACUCAUUCGGGUUCGGCGGGUCCAAUGGACACGCCAUUAUGGAUGACGCGCAAGGCAUGCUAGCAAUUCUCGCUGUCAACGGGGCUCGCCGCACUCUCGCCCCUUUAUCGCCCCCAAAGCCGGCACAGAUCGAGAACGGCAUCCCAAACGGCAAUGGCAUGCUGAAUGGUCAUGGCUUGCCAAAUGGUCACGAUAUCCCAAAUGGCGAUGGCUUAUCAAAUGGCCAUGUCGUCACAAAUGGUCAUGCUACGCCAAAUGGUGUCAAUGGUGCUGGUACCCCUAAUGGCCUCAACGGGUCAAAGCAUGCAUCUGUCGGUGUUAAGCAGAAGCCCAUCCCGCAGACAAGCACACAGGAGGAGCCCACGCAGGAGACAGCUGACCAUGUGCCCUCCUCUCCCAAAGCGUCAAGCUACGAACUGCUCGUAUGGUCGGCGAAAGACGAGGCCACUCUGACGAAAAUGCUGCAAGACCACGAGCAGUACUUUACAACUAACAUCUAUGGGUCCGCGCCCCGACUGGAGAAGCUCGCAUACACUCUUGCGGCUCGGCGCAGCGUCAUGAACUGGAGAUGCUACUCUGUUGUAAGCACCGACAUGUCUGCUGAGAACCCCGCCCGUCUCCAGCCUUCCAGAGGGGUUCGACCUUCCCGCGAGAAGGGGCUAGCCUUCGUCUUCACUGGUCAGGGAGCCCAGUACGCACGCAUGGGUCUGGAGCUUCUGCAGUAUCCUGUGUUUGAGUCGUCACUUGCCAAGGCAGAUAGCUUUUACCACCAGCUGGGCGCCGAGUGGUCGAUCCUAGACGUGUUACAGAACGGAACAGGAAUUGACACGCCCGGUAUCAGUCAACCGCUGUGCACAGCCCUGCAGCUUGCGCUCGUUGAUCUGCUUGAAGAUCUCGGUCUUGUUCCGAAUGUCGUGGUUGGCCACUCGUCAGGCGAGGUUGCCGCGGCGUACUCUGUUGGGGCUCUGUCAUUCGAGUCGGCCUGCAAGGUUGCUUACUACAGAGGAUGGCUUACCGGAAAGCUGGUGAAGUCCAUCAGCGCGGACCCCGGUGCUAUGAUGUCUGCCAACCUCCCGGAGGCCCAAGUCGAUGCAUAUCUGGAGAAGGUCGGGCUGGACGUAAGCGCGUCAACCAGGAAGAUACAUGUCGCCUGCGUCAACAGUCCGUCCAACGUGACCCUGUCUGGCAACGAGAAGGCCAUUGAUCAGCUCAAGGAACACCUUGACGCCGACGGGAUAUUCAGCCAGAAGCUGAGGACAGGGGUUGCUUACCACUCCCCUGUCAUGAAGGCCAUCGUCGAGGAGUACCUCAGCUGUGUCGGCCCUGUGGAGGCGAGACCUUCAGCCCACAACACGGCCGCCUUCAUGGUGUCAUCCGUGACAGGUCAGAGCAUCUCACCCGCUUCGCUUUCCAAUGGACAGUACUGGGUGGACAACCUAGUCUCGCCUGUCCGGUUCGCCGAUGCACUGCAGUACAUCGUUCUUGGAGCACCCAAAAUGGAAAGUGGCUUCAAGACGGUGACCGACUUCCUCGAGGUUGGACCUCAUGCGGCUCUGCGGCGGCCUGUGCAAGACACAUUGAGACAGGCCGUUGGCGGCGGAAGCUUCAGAUAUACAUCUCUGCUUUCCAGAUUCGAAUCGCCAGUCAAGAGCGUGCUGACGACGGUGGGCGCGUUCUUCACCCAGGGAUACCCGGUGUCCAUCACGGCGGCGAUACGACAAGGUAGUGAUAGCGAGCAACACCCUUCAUAUCUCGUCGAUCUUCCCCAAUACCCCUUUGACCAUACCCAGCUGCACUGGCACGAGUCCCGUAUCAGCCGCGACUGGCGUUUCCGCGAGCCCGUCCCCAGGACGGUCUUGGGCACACGCUCGCCGGAUUGGAAUCCGCUGCUCCCCCGAUGGCGAAAGCUUCUGAGCGUGGAGGACAUGCCGUGGAUUGCAGACCACAUCAUUGACAAGACCAUCCUCUACCCCGCGACAGGGAGUAUCAUGAUGGCUUUAGAGGCCGUGAAGCAGAUGGCCAAUCCCCAUAAGCACAUCCUCGGUUACUACGUCAAAGAAGCCUCCUUCACAGCCCCUAUUAUCAUCCACCAAGAGGGAACAACCGAGGUUACAACAGCUUUGCGUCCACUGCAUCAGGCCUACGAGAAAACUUCUCAGCGCUUCGAAGUCCAGCUCUUUGCUUAUAUAGACACCUUCUGGAGCCAGUGCUUCAGUGCCACUAUCCAUAUUGAGUAUGAAGAGGCCCUUGACGAGGUGGACGGUGGACAUGAGGCGCAAAGUACGGCCCAGAGCCUUGCCCAACGCUACAUGCAGGCCAAAGAAUCCUCCAACAAGCGUGUCGAGAAGGACAACUUCUACCAGUGGCUUUACAACCACGGCCUCAAAUAUGGCGAAAAGUUCUCGCUAGCCGAGGACCUACACUGGGACGGCCAUGAGCGGACGACAGCGCGCGUCAGCGUCGAACCACCGCUGGAAGCGUAUGCAGGCGUUGUUCACCCCGCGGUCCUCGAUGCCGCCUGCCAUAUUUGCUACGCCGCACCGUCAGAAGGCGCAUCGGUAUCCCUACCGACUAUCAUCCCCCACAGGAUGCGGUCCGCCUGGAUCUCAGCCAAGGGCUGGCAGCAUCCGGAGACAAAGGAGAUCAGGGUGGCGACGGAAUCGAAGUUGAAGACCGUCGGAUCGGGCAUAGAGACGUCCGUCGUGGUCCUGGCAGAUGAUGGGUCGCCGCUCUGCCACAUUGAGGACUUUGAACUAUCCCCAGUCCUGAGCAACGAUCCAAGCAGCAGCGAGAGGAAGACAAAGCCGAUCCAUCUCAUCGAGUGGAAGCCGCAGCUGUCCUUGCUUGAGCAGGACGCGUUGCAAACCUACUGUGGGACACCCUCUUCCUCGGAAGAAGAGAGACCCGUGGUCGAGCUCAGGAAGAUACUGCAGUCUAUCGUGCGGCUGAAGGCUCGGGAGCUUAGGUCUUUCGACUCAUCAGCGAUGCCGCCGCAUAUCAAAGAGUAUGUGGGUUGGAUCAUCAGCCAAUACCAAUCAUUGCAAGACAGCACAGAUGCCGAAGUUCUCGAUGAGGCCAGCCUGAAUUCCGCUUUGGAGGACCUGGUAUUGGAGAAACCAUCCUGGAGGAUCUUGACAGAGAUUUCUCAGUACCUGACCACUCUUGCCAGUGCGAAAUGCGAUGUUGACGCACAGCCCUUCUCAGCGGCGGCAGCACAAGACUUUCACAAAGACUUCCUCGACCGCAUCUGUGAUGGCAGGCUUACUCGUUACCUGGAGCUUCUGGUGCAUCAGACCCCCGAGUUGAAGAUUCUCGAGGUCGGCUCUGGUGGCGACAAGGGCUCUAUCACCAGUUUCCUGCUGUCCAUACUCCAUCAGGUUGAAGACCGUACGGCUGGCAUGGCCUUUGCUGAAUAUGUGUAUACCGAUGCAUCAGCGGAGGCCCUUGACCAGGCCCGAGAGCAGCUCGUGGACCACGAAGAUCGGAUGAUGUACAAGAGUUUGGACCCGAGAGAAGAUAUGACCAAGCAAGGUUUCGAGGCCGGUUCAUAUGACUUGAUCGUGGCUUGCUACGCCUCGCGCGUAGCUGGCAGUCUGUCAGCGACCCUAAAGAGUAUUCGGCAUGUUCUGAAGCCAGGAGGUCACCUUAUUCUGCACGACAUAACUGCGACGGAUUCGCUUAUCACGGACUUCGCAUUCGGAGUCCUGCCGGGUUGGUGGUCUGCUGAGGACAAGACGCAAGACACUCAGAGGCCGACCAUGACAGAUGCUGAGUGGCAUUCUUUGCUAAAGGAAAGUGGAUUCUCUGGAAACGACCUGGUCGUAAGAGACUAUCAAUCCGAUGCUGCGCAUCACGCUAGUAUCAUACUCUCCACUGCCCUGGAUGCAUCCACAGCUCCAUCGUCAACUACCCAAAGCAGGACUCUGCUGGUCGUGGAUGGCGACGAUGAGCAUCAGAGGAGCGUGGCUACAUCCUUGGCUGGAGACCUGUCCGUCUCAAGCGGACGAAAGGCCGAUGUCUAUCCCGUCACUGCUUGGGCCGAUGCAAAGGUGAAAGAAAACGACUUGGUGGUUUUCCUCGCCGAUCUAGGCAGGCCGUUCCUGGCCAACAUUCCUGAGCCCACGUUCGACGUCCUCAAGAACUGGAUACAGCAGGCUGAGAACCUCUUAUGGGUCACGUCUGCGGACAUCCAAGACACUUCAACAGCAGCAAGCUUAUUUGCUCAUUCUGGUCUGAAGGACGGCUUCCUCCGUUCACUGCGCGCAGAGUUCAACAGCAAACAUAUCGUCUCGCUCUCACUGGAGGGAUCGGGGAAGAAGGAGGAUAGUACAGCCGGCAAUACCAAGCAUAUUGCAACGGUCUUGGACUGCGCGUUCGGAGCUGCCGGCGCGAGUGCGCCGCCAUCCACUGAGCUUGAAUUCCGUGUCCGGGACGGUCAGAUCUUGGUACCGCGUCUAGUUGAGGACAACGAGAGCAACCGGGAACUAGCCUCAUGCGACCACCCCGAGAUGCGCACCGAGCCGUGGCUCCCAGGCCCGCCACUCAAGCUCGACAUGGGCAUGCGCGGGCACCUGGAGACGCUGCGCUUCGAGGAGGACACUGACUACCACGAGGCGGACCUGGGCCCGGACGAAGUCGAGAUCGAGGCUCGUUCCUGGGCCGUGAACUUCCGCGAUGUGUUCGGCGCCCUUGGCCGGUUGGAGCACGAGGCCUUCUCCUUUGGGUCGGAUUGUGCCGGAGUGGUGACCAGAGUUGGCCGGGAGUGCUCACGCAUUAAGCCUGGGGACCGCGUCUGCAUGCUUGCAACGGGCUGUAUGCGUACGUUCCCGCGGGCAGGUGAGCGGCUUGUCGUCCCAAUCCCGGAGUCGCUGUCGUUUGAGGAGGCCUGCGCCGUUAUCAACCCAGCCAUCACGGCCUGGCAGGCCCUGAUGGAGGUGGCACGCCUACGCGAGGGCGAUAAAGUGCUGAUCCACUCGGCCUCGGGCGCGACGGGACAGCUGGCCGUACAAAUCGCACAGCUUGCCGGCGCUGAGGUGUUUGCCACGGUAGGGUAUGAACACAAGAAGAGGCUGCUGAUGGACCAGUAUGGCAUCCCGGAGGAUCACAUCUUCUAUAGCAGGAAUACCUCGUUCGCAAGUGGUAUUAUGAGGGUAACGGGUGGCUAUGGCGUCGAUGUUGUCCUCAACUCGCUGGUCGGGGAAAGUCUGCGGGCCUCGUGGGAGUGCAUUGCCCCGUAUGGAAGGUUCAUUGAGAUUGGAAAGGCCGACAUCAACGCAAACUCCUCAUUGCCCAUGGCGCACUUCGCCAACAACGUCAUGUUCUGUGCGGUCGAUCUGAGGCACCUCUUCUUCGACACGGGAAGGAAAGAGACUGCAAGCAGGCUUAUGGAGAAGGCCAUGGGCCUGGCUUCUGAUGGCCGCAUCUACUACCCCCGGCCUCUGCAUGUGUACGAUGUCAACGCUGUGGAGGAUGCCUUCCGUUAUUUCCAGAGCGGCAAAAAUACUGGUCGCAUUGUGAUAAGAGUGGAUCGUUCAACUCAAGUCCAGAAAUAUCUCAUUAACAAGAGAACCUGGUCAUUCAAGGAGGACGCCACGUACCUUGUUGCUGGAGGGCUGGGUGGGAUCGGCCGGUCCAUACUGAGAUGGCUAGUGAAGAGGGGCGCGAAACACUUGAUUGUCCCAUCAAGAUCAGGAUUAGCAGAUUCUGGAGCAGCUGCCGAUGUUGUGGGCGAACUUCGUGAGCAAGGCGUCACUGUUGUGGCACCAAAGUGUGAUGUCUCGUCGCUCGAGUCAAUCUCGCAAGUGCUUGAGGAAUGUGGCAGCACGAUGCCACCCGUCCGUGGAUGCAUCAAUGCAGCCAUGGUGCUUAGUGACGCCAUUUUCGACAAUAUGAGCUAUGACCAGUGGUCCAGUACCAUCCGCUCCAAGGUCCCGUCCUCUUGGAACCUACAUCUCCUGCUUCCCGACGUGGAUUUCUUUAUCAUGCUGUCAUCUGUCGCCGGCGUUCUUGGACACCCCGGCCAGACGAACUAUGCAGCCGGGAAUACCUUCCAAGAUUCCCUGGCCCACUACAGAACCUAUCACGGCCAGAACGCUCUAUCCAUCGACCUCGGCGUCAUGGGCGACGUGGGCCGUGUGGCCGAGACGGAGAACCUGCAGAGGCACUUGGAGCGAACACAAGGCCUCGACCCGAUCGAGGAGCACGAAUUCCUCUCCCUGCUGGACGUGUGCUGCGACCCUAUACGGCCCAUCACUGGCCCGGACGCCGCCGGAUGUCAGAUCUCCAUGGGCCUCAUGACACCAGCCGACAGGUUGUCUCGCGCGCUGGAGCCCCUGGAGUUCCUCCAUCGGCCGCUGUUCGCCUACUUCAGCCGGCCCCGUGGGGGCGCCUUGCAGCACGCCGGCUCUGCUGCCGCCGGCGGUGACGCCGUCGACACCGCAGAGCUGUUCCGGCAGGCGGCGUCACCCGAGGAUCGGGCGGCUGUGGUGGUGGAUGCGCUCGCCAAGAAGUUGGCGCGGGCCCUUGCUAUCAAGCCUGAUGAUGUUGACGUGACACAGCCCCUUCAUGCCUUCGGUGUAGACUCCCUUGUUGCCGUGGAGCUGCGGAAUUGGAUGGGGAAGCAGUUUGCUGCGGAUGUGCCGGUAUUUGAGAUCAUGGGCGGCAGUACGGUGCUGGCGGUUGGAGAGCUGGUAACGAAAGUCAGUCAGAUCGCAAGGAGCGGUUGA